GACGCUAAAAGUCCGCACAGACUAGUUCGGCAGCGCACGUCUAUGUACAUGAUGUCUCUAAAGAAAGCCCGGCGUUACAGCUUUACGACGUUGAGCGAAGCUGAAAAAGACGCGAAGGGGAGCGUUGUGCAGGCUGCUGCUGCCAGUACUGCGAAGGGGAAAAACAGGAAGCGUCCGAGAACACCGACUGAGGAGCAUAAUUCGCCAACACGUCCGUUGAAAAAGAGAGCGGAGAUGCUGUUCAAAAGUUAGUCAGGAAACAUGAGGUGGUAGCUAAAUUAAUUAAACAUCUUAUUUUCAGCUGAUCCGAUGCUGUGGAACCCAAGUCAAGUGUGGCAAUGGUUGGAUUGGUUCACAGAGCAGGUUGGGUUCAACCCAUUAAACAAGUUUAAAUGGCAGGUAUCAGGGAUUCAGCUUUGUGCUCUAUCAAAAGAAGAUUUUCUGGAACGAUGUCCACCUGGAUUAGGAGAAGCUCUUCACUCACAAUUAUGCCUGCUGAAAGCCAAAGGUAACUACAGCAUCAACAGUAGUUAAUGAUAAUAAUAAUGAUACCAUGAGCUUAAAGUAGUGCACACUGUGAUUGCGAGCAUUUCCCUGAUAUAUAUAUCCAUCCUCUAAUCAUAGGAUUAACAUGUAGUAGCUAAGGGAAUCUUUUAACCUCUGCCUCCAAAUUCCAUGCCUAUGCUUCAUUUCCUUUCUUACUGUUACUUUGGUAUAUACACAGCUGCCUGGAGCCACAUUGCCCACAUCUCACCAGCCGUAGAAUUGCCUACACAUAUGUUUGGAUCGUCACCAUUUGUCUGGCCAAGCGCAGCAGGUUUGCCUAUAUAUUAUGUAUAAUUAUUGUACCGAAAGUGAUCAGGGUAUCAAUAAAAUAGGUAUCAUUGUUAUUAUGAGUAUGUGCUCUCAUACAGAUUUAUUGAACAACACUGACGGAGGUUUUUGGCCACUUAUGCAAAGUUUUUUUCCCAGAUCAUUCCAAACAUCAGGUCCAGUACAGAGGCUACUCGGAUUCAAUUCUCUAUCACCCACCCCUUUGCCUUUGCCAUUUUCAACUGUUCCAAGUUACUGUGCAUCCACAAAGAAUUUCACAGCAGAGUCAAAGUUGGACUUUUCAUCCUGUAUAACCAAUACUCAAGGGCAGUGUUUCACUCAGUCUCACCCCGGCAUCCUUGGACAGACUACACCCAACUCCCCAAGUUCACCAGCCAUUCGCCUGCAAAACACAUCAGUACCACCUUAUACAGUCUCACAGAGGCAUUCCUCAGUUGCGGUUCCAACAGCUUCAGUUUCAAGCAAAACCACAGCCCCAUCUCAAAUUCCUACUUCACUGCAGCGCCUUGUUCGGGGAAAUCUCUCCGCCACCUUACCAUUGAUAUCCUCACCAAUCCCACAGAGUAAGAGCAUUUCUGAGAUACAGCAACUAGAGAAAAGAUGCAUUCAUUCCAACCGAAGACGUCCUCCAAUUCCACUUUCAAUAAAAUCUACAUCGCUCACUGCAACUCAAUCAGAUGAAGUUGUAUCUACACCUGCAACACCACUCUCUCCAUACUGUGGCCAACAAGGUAUGUUUUGUUGCAGAACCCAAAAUAGUUACCAUUUAUUUCCUUCUGUUUAUAUUCUUAGCCCUUAAAAUUUCAUGAACUUUCCCUUGUGCAGGAACUAUUCAGCUGUGGCAAUUUCUGCUGGAGCUGUUGCAGGAUGACCAGUACUCAAACAUCAUAACUUGGGUAGGCGGAGAUUGGGAAUUCAAAUUACUUGAUCCCGAAAAUGUUUCCAUGUUAUGGGGAAUUCGUAAACGAAAACCAAGUAUGAACUAUGACAAACUCAGUCGUGCCAUUCGUUACUACUACGAUAAAAAGAUCAUCCAUAAAGUCCAUGGAAAACGCUACCAGUACAAGUUUAACUUUGAGACCAUCUCCAAAUUUUUGAGCUGUGUUGACCAUUGCACUGAAUCUGAUGUUGGAGCAUCCCCAGCAGAAAGUGACUGUGCUUUAGCCGAGGUUUCUAAAGAGAAAAACUGCACCAAAAGGAGAGAUCACUUUUCUGCUAGUCCCAGUCCUUCUGUACAUGAUUUUGUUACUCAAGCCUUGGAGCAGCAGCUGAUAGCCCAGCAGGCUAAAACUGCUGCAAAUGAACAACAAAAUUGUGCCUGUCCACAGCUAUCUACUCAUUGUGUAAAUGUGCCAGUUGUUCACACACCAUCACUUGAAUAACUUCUGUCUUGUAUUAAACAGUUAUGUUUGUCAAAGAAAUAGACAGAGGAUUUGUAAACUUUCCUCUA